AUGGACUACUACGGGGGCGACGCAGUGUUUGACCACAGCUUCGGCCUGGCCGGCUGGCCCCCGCCCGCUGUCGCCGCCGGCCAGUCGCCGCACAUGUCGCUCGGCACGCCGCCGCACGCGAUGCUGAUGGCCGCCGCCGCCGCCGCGUCGCUGCCGCUCGAGCCCCAAGGCAGCGGCGGCGGCGGCCUCAGCGUGAGCUUGGCCGUCGAGUGCGGCACGGUAACAGGCAUAAUGCAGCUGCCCAAGGGCCGCAUCAUCGUGAACCCCGGCACUGACGCAGCCCGCGAGGUUUCGCCGACAGAGUUUGAGCGGCUUGGUGGCAAGGGCGCGGCCAAGAAGUGGCGCCACAGCAUACGGCUGAAGGACGGCAAGCAGCACAUUGGCGACUGGAUGCUUCACCAUGGCUACGAGGUGACGGCGCCCCAGGACAAGCAGCAGCAGAAACAGCAGCAGCAACAGCUGCAGUCGCAGGUCCAUCAGCAGCAGCAGCCGAUGCAGCAGCAGCAACAAUUGCUGCAGCCCGCCCUUGUCCCAGAGGACCCCUGGCACGCGUCGCUGCCGCCCGCGGCGGCCGCCGCCGUCGCAUCAGCGGCCACCGGCACCGGCCCCGGCCGCAGCGGCAGCGGCCACAGCAGCAGCAGCGGCUGCGCGCCGGCGAGGAAGCCCAACCCGUUUGCCGGCGGCGCCUACCAGGCCGCGGCGGCCGCGGCGUUCGCCGGCAGCUCCCCUUCGAUCGGCGCCGCCCCGCACGUGCCGCGCCCGGCCUUGAAGGGCACGAGCAGCGGGCUGCAGAUGUCACAGACGCCCGGCGCGGCGCCGCUUUUGCCGACACAUUUGUCUGACUCUGUGCUGGACCUCCUGUCUCACGAGCAGCAGCAGCGCUCCAUGCUCGUCGCGCAGCAGCAGCAGCAACGGCAGCGGCUCGCCGCUGCGCAGCACCACCAGCAGCGCCUGCAGCAGCACCAGCAGCAGCAGCAGAGGCAGCACCUGAUGCACAUGCAGCAGGUGCUCGCGCAGCAGCAGCAGCGCGCGCUGCUCACCAGCCACGCGCUGCAGCAGCAGCACUCGGCGCCGCAGCUCACGCCGCACGGCCCGUGGGGCGGCAUCGCCGCCGCCGCCGCCGCAGCAGCAGCGGCCGCUUCGCCGUCCCCUUCGCGGCCGCCCGCGCCGCACCUCGCCCGCGGCGGGGCGGGCGGCCUCGGCGGCGCGCGCACCGACCUCUCGCCGCUCCCCGGCGACGGCAGCGAGGCGGUGGCGGCGAUGGCGGACUACCUCGCCGGCCUCGCGCCCACCGCCCCGCUCCACCUGCUGCAGCUGCAGACCCCCUGCGUCGCCGGCCGCGCGCUCGACCUGCGCGCGCUCUUCGCGGCCGUCGUGCAGCGCGGCGGGUACUGCGCGGUGACGGCGUCGGGCGGCUGGGGGGAGGUUCUCUGGGAGGCAGGGCUGCGGCUGGAGGGGGCGCGCGCGGCGGCGGCGCUGAAGCAGGUCAACGCGGCGUACAUCCAGAUGCUCAUGCGGUUCGAGCGCAUGUUUGACACUGAGGCGUGGCUGGCGCUGACAGGGCGGCCGUCACCCGUGCUGGGCGCGCCGACCGCCUCCCCCGCCACCCGGCUGGCCGCGAUGGCGGCCGGCAUGCCCGGCGGCUUGGACGCCUCGGGGGGCGGCGGCGGCGGCGUCUCGCGCUCGCCGCUCACGCGGAUUGGCAGCCCGGACGCCGUGCCGUCAGUGUGCAGCAGCGGGCCCAUCUCGCCGCCUUUCGGCGCGUUCCCGGGGCUCCCCGACCACGAGCGGCCCCUCAAGCGCCGCAGCAUGGCGGACGACGCCCUCGGCCGCGCCGCGCCGCGCAACGGGUCAGCCGGGGCGCCGCUCCUCCGCGGCGCGUCGUCGCAGCCGCUGCGGUCGCCGGCGGAGCCGUGGGGCGCGGGCGGCGGCGUGCCGCAGCAUGCGCAUGCGAUGCGUGGCGAUGGGGGCCCGGACGGGGCCACUGGCGAGCCCCAGGCGCCGCCGCUGAGGUCUGCCAGCUUGGGGUCAGCGGCGGCCGCAGGGGUCCACUUCAAGGCGGAGGCUUUAGAUGACCAGGGCGGCUUUGACAUAGCGGCGCGCUACCGCUCCACCCCUACCCUGGCCGCGGCGGCGUCGGCGCAGCAGCUGCGCCAGCUGCAGCUGCGCUACCACCAUCAGCAGCAGCAGCAGCAGCAGCUGCUGCUCCAGGCGGGCUUCGGGGCGGGGCUGGCGCCGAGCGGGCUGCUGGCACAGCCGCCAUUCCUGCAAACGGCGGGCGGCAGCCUCCCGCUGCCGGGGACGCACUUGCUCGAGCACUAUCACUCAGAACCGGUGUCCGGCCACAGCGGCGGCGCGCUCGGAGGCGGGCCGCUGCAGCCCGGCGGCGAGGGCCUGGAGCCGAUCGGCAGCCGCGGCGGGCGCACGCUGCGCGGCAGCGACAGCCUGCCCCUGCCGCGCGUCGCCGAGGCCGCCGCCAGCGGCGAGCCGGCGUCGUCCAGCCCCGCAAUCGAGCGCGACCAAGAACAACAGCAGCAGCAGCAGCAGCAGCAGCGUCGGGGCCAGGGGCAUCAGCAAGAGCAGCAGCAGCAGCAGGAGCAGCAGCAGGAGCAGCAGCAGCAGCACCAGCAGCAGCAGCAGGAGCAGCCCCUCCUGCCCCCGCCGCACCUAAUCGACCUGCCGUGGCCCGGCGGCGACGGCGACCUCGGUUCUCCAAAGGUGGACGGCAUGGAUUUUACGGACUUGAUAGACGGCUUCUCUCAGGAGCUUGAGCUGCUGGCGGUCGAGUGCGGCGACAGCGCCGAGGGCGGCGCCUCCGAGGGCGGCGACAGCGAUGGCGGGCGCGAGCGCGACCAGGGGCUGGUGCAGUCGUUCGAUUGA